ACAAAUAUCACUUGUUAAACUUUGCACCAUGCAGCAGCAAAAUUAAGGCUGCACGUUCGGUUUUCGAUCAACAUGAUGUCGCUUGCCCAAGAUGCAUUUGGCAUGUUUCUGUGGAUGUUCGAAGAAUAAAUACCAAUGAUAAUAUCUACAGCUUGACGUAGAAUGUGUUGAAAGCCCUGACAGAUAGCGAGAGUCAUACCUGCAUGACAUAGUCACUGAGUGGAAUAAGAACUGAAGACAAUGUCUGAUGAUGAAGAAAUUCCUGACCUUGUUCCGUCAGAAGCAAAAAAGGUUCCCAUCACAAUCAUAACAGGAUUUCUAGGUGCAGGGAAGACAACUCUACUCAACUAUGUUCUUACAGAACAACAUGGGAAGAAGAUUGCUGUAAUUCUGAAUGAGUUUGGGGAAGGAGAUUCCAUUGAGAAGUCUAUGUCAGUUGGCCAACAGGGGGAGCUGUUUGAAGAAUGGCUGGAGUUAAGGAACGGUUGUCUGUGCUGUUCUGUCAAGGACAGUGGGGUGAAGGCCAUUGAGAACCUGAUGACCAAGAGAGGGAAGUUUGACUACAUUCUGCUGGAGACCACUGGUCUAGCUGACCCAGGUCCUAUUGCCUCCAUGUUCUGGCUGGACGAGGAGCUCUGCAGCGACGUGUUCCUGGAUGGUAUACUGACGGUGGUGGAUGCCAAGUUCUGUCAUCAGCAACUCGGGGAACAGAAGGAAGAUGGGACCAUUAAUGAAGCGCAAAGACAGAUAGCCCUGGCAGACGUGAUCCUAGUAAACAAGACAGACCUUGCAUCUCCAGACAAAAUAAACAGCCUGCGAGAAGAAAUCAGGAGUAUCAACAGCUUUGCCAAAGUGAGGGAAACAACUCGAGCCAAGUGCAGUCUGGAUGACGUGCUGGACGUGAAUGCAUACGGAGGUCAAGGUCAUGCAAGUAUGGAAGAGCUGUUUGAGAGCCGAGGUUUCCACAAGGAUGAGCAACACCAUAUUGACAAGAGUGUGCGGACAGUUACGGUAGAGGUGGAGAGGGAGUUGUCACAGUCAGCGCUGGAAGACUUCCUGCAGAACCUUUUGUGGGAGAGGCUGGUGAAGACGUCGGAGGGAGACGUGACGGAAAUACUCCGUCUGAAGGGUGUUGUAUCGAUACAAGGCAAUCCGCGGAGACUUGUACUGCAGGCGGUGCAUCAGUUGUAUGACUCGCAGGUCACAACGCCGUGGGAGGAGGGAGAGUCUCGCACCAGCAGGGUGGUGUUUAUAGGGAGAAAUUUGGACAAACAAGUGUUACAAGAUCAUUUAAGGAAAUGUGUUCAGUCCAACAGAUGAUCCAUGGAAUGUUUGACCGAGGUCUUCAGUGUGAAUAUUGUGAGGAUGGACUUGUUUUUAACUUCACCAAUUAAUGUAUGUCAUAAACUGACCAUUCGAGACUGUAAUAAACUAUCAAAAGUA